GAUGUCUCGGGGGGCGGGGGUCCCAGUGACGGCAUCGGAGCGCGCCGCGCCCGGGCUCCGAGCCUGACUGCAGCGCGGUGGCGCUGCGCUGACACCCAAGCAGGGCCGGGAGCAGCCCUCCCUUGACAUGGGUCUGGAGGCCCAGAGGCUGCCAGGGGCCGAGGAGGCCCCGGUGAGGGUGGCCCUUCGAGUCCGCCCGCUGCUGCCCAAGGAGCUGCUACACGGGCACCAGAGCUGCCUGAGGGUGGAGCCGGGGCACGGUCGCGUCACCCUGGGCCGAGACCGACACUUUGGCUUCCAUGUGGUGCUGGACGAGGAUGCCGGGCAGGAGGCAGUGUACCAGGCCUGCGUGCAGCCCCUUCUCGAGGCUUUCUUUGAGGGUUUCAAUGCCACCGUCUUUGCCUACGGUCAGACAGGCUCUGGGAAGACGUACACCAUGGGGGAGGCCAGUGUGGCCUCCCUCCAUGAGGAUGAGCAGGGCAUCAUCCCCCGGGCCAUGGCCGAGGCCUUCAAGCUCAUCGAUGAGAACGACCUGCUUGACUGUCUCGUGCACGUGUCCUACCUGGAAGUGUACAAGGAGGAGUUCCGAGACCUGCUCGAGGUGGGCACCGCUAGCCGUGACAUCCAGCUCCGGGAGGAUGACCGUGGGAAUGUUGUGCUGUGUGGGGUGAAGGAAGUGGAUGUGGAGGGCCUGGACGAGGUGCUGAGUCUCCUGGAAAUGGGCAACGCAGCGCGGCACACAGGCGCCACACACCUCAACCACCUCUCCAGCCGCUCGCACACAGUCUUCACGGUGACCCUGGAGCAGCGGGGGCGCGCCCCCAGCCGCCUGCCCCGCCCCGCUGCGGGCCAGCUCCUCCUCUCCAAGUUCCACUUCGUGGACCUGGCGGGCUCGGAGAGGGUGCUCAAGACAGGCAGCACAGGCGAGCGGCUCAAGGAGAGCAUCCAGAUCAACAGCAGCCUCCUGGCCCUGGGCAAUGUCAUCAGUGCCCUGGGUGACCCCCAGCGCCGCGGCAGCCACAUCCCCUAUCGGGACUCCAAGAUCACCCGCAUCCUCAAAGACUCGCUGGGGGGGAAUGCCAAGACGGUGAUGAUCGCCUGCGUCAGCCCCUCCUCCUCCGACUUCGACGAGACCCUCAACACCCUCAAUUACGCCAGCCGCGCCCAGAACAUCCGCAACCGCGCCACCGUCAACUGGCGGCCGGAGGCCGAGCGCGCGCCCGAGGAGGCGGCGGCCGGCGCGCGGGGGCCGCCGCGACACCGCUCGGAGACGCGCAUCAUCCACCGUGGCCGGCGCGGCCCGGGCCCCCCCGCCGCCUCCGCCGCGGCCGCCGCCCGCCUGGGCGCCGAGUGCGCGCGCUACCGGGCCCGCACCGACGCCGCCUACAGUCUCCUGCGCGAGCUGCAGGCCGAGCCUGGGCUGCCCGGCGCCGCCGCCCGCAAGGUGCGCGACUGGCUGUGCGCCGUCGAGGGCGAGCGCAGCGCCCUGAGCUCCGCCUCUGGGCCCGACAGCGGCAUCGAGAGCGCCUCGGCCGAGGAGCGGGCCGCGCAGGCGCCCGGCGCGCGCAAGGGGGCCAAGGGCCAGGAAGAUGAGGGGGCGCUGCAGCUGCUGGCCCUGCAGAGCCAGGUGGCCCGGCUGGAGGAGGAGAACCGAGACUUUCUGGCCGCGCUGGAGGACGCCAUGGAGCAGUACAAACUGCAGAGCGACCGCCUGCGUGAGCAGCAGGAGGAGAUGGCGGAGCUGCGGCUGCGGCUAGAGCUGGUGCGGCCUGGCUGGGGCGCCCCGGGGCUCCUGCAGGGCCUGCCUCCGGGGUCCUUUGUGCCCCGGCCUCACACCGCCCCCCUGGGGGGUGCCCACACCCGUGUGCUGGGCAUGGUGCCCCCUGCCUGCCUUCCUGAAGAUCAAGUUGACCCUGAGAAUUGGGGAGAGGUGACAGAUGGCAGGGAGGCUGGAGCCAAGGUGCUGGCGGAGGUAGACAGGCUGGGAAGUGGCUCUUCAGCUGCGUCGGAGGAGGAGGAGGAGAAGGAGGAGGAGGAGGACCUGGCCCGGCGGACCCUGCACCUGCGCAGGAACGGGAUCAGCAGGUGGAGCCAGAGGGGGGGGCCCCGCCCAGGGAGCCCGCCCGAUAGGAAGGGCUCAGAGCUUCACCUUGAGGAGCUGGGCGCAGCUAUCCCAGGGCCCAGAGCAGUUGCUGGAAGCAAGGCCCACGCUCGGCUGCGCCAGGGCCCCGCUGCCAUGGCCUCUGAGUGGCGGCUGGCCCAAGCCCAGCAGAAGAUCCGGGAGCUGGCCAUCAACAUCCGCAUGAAGGAGGAGCUCAUUGGCGAGCUGGUCCGCACAGGGAAGGCGGCCCAGGCCCUGAACCGCCAGCACAGCCAGCGCAUCCGGGAGCUGGAGCAGGAGGCCGAGCGGGUGCGGGCCGAGCUGAGCGAAGGCCAGAGGCAGCUGCGGGAGCUUGAGGGCAAGGAGCCCCAGGACGCUGGCGAGCGGUCCCAGCUGCAGGAGUUCCGCAAGAGGGUUGCUGCCGCCCAGAGCCAGGUGCAGGUGCUGAAGGAGAAGAAGCAGGCGACAGAGCGGCUGGUGUCACUGUCGGCGCAGAGCGAGAGGCGGCUGCAGGAGCUCGAGAGGAACGUGCAGCUCAUGCGGCAGCAACAGGGGCAGCUGCAGAGGCGGCUGCGCGAGGAGACAGAGCAGAAGCGGCGCCUGGAGACGGAGAUGAACAAGCGGCAGCACCGCGUCAAGGAGCUGGAGCUGAAGCACGAGCAGCAGCAGAAGAUCCUGAAGAUCAAGACGGAAGAGAUCGCAGCGUUCCAGAGGAAGCGGCGCAGUGGCAGCAACGGCUCUGUGGUCAGCCUGGAGCAGCAGCAGAAGAUCGAGGAGCAGAAGAAGUGGCUGGACCAGGAGAUGGAGAAGGUCCUGCAGCAGCGGCGGGCGCUGGAGGAGCUGGGGGAGGAGCUCCACAAGCGGGAGGCCAUCUUGGCCAAGAAGGAGGCCCUGAUGCAGGAGAAGACAGGGCUGGAGAGCAAGCGCCUGCGGUCUAGCCAGGCCCUCAACGAGGACAUUGUACGCGUGUCCAGUCGGCUAGAACACCUGGAGAAGGAGCUCUCGGAGAAGAGCGGGCAGCUGCGGCAGGGCAGCGCCCAGAGCCAGCAGCAGAUCCGUGGGGAGAUCGACACUCUGCGCCAGGAGAAGGACUCGCUGCUGAAGCAGCGCCUGGAGAUCGACGGCAAGCUGCGGCAGGGCAGCCUGCUGUCGCCCGAGGAGGAGCGAACGCUAUUCCAGCUGGAUGAGGCCAUCGAGGCCCUGGAUGCGGCCAUCGAGUACAAGAACGAGGCCAUCACGUGCCGCCAGCGGGUGCUGCGGGCCUCGGCCUCCUUGCUGUCCCAGUGUGAGAUGAACCUCAUGGCCAAGCUCAGCUACCUCUCGUCCUCCGAGACCAGGGCCCUGCUCUGCAAGUACUUUGACAAGGUGGUGACGCUCCGAGAGGAGCAGCACCAGCAGCAGGUUGCCUUCUCGGAGCUGGAGAUGCAGGUCGAGGAGCAGCAGAGGCUGGUCUACUGGCUGGAGGUGGCCCUGGAGCGGCAGCGCCUGGAGAUGGACCGCCAGCUGACCCUCCAGCAGAAGGAGCACGAGCAGAACAUCCAGCUCCUCCUGCAGCAGAGUCGAGACCACCUUGGUGAAGGGUUAGCAGACAGCAAGAGGCAGUAUGAGACGAGGAUCCAAGCUCUGGAGAGGGAGCUGGGCCGCCACAUGUGGAUAAACCAGGAGCUGAAACAGAAGCUCGGUAGCUUGAGUGCUGCGAGCCAGAGCAGGGGUGGCGAGAAGAGGACCCCGUGCCUGGAGAACAGACAGCUGCCUGGAAGUGAAGAUGAGCUCCACCCAGCACCUGAGCUUUGGCAGUGCCCCCUCACUGAGGGCGCCCCCCGAGCCCGGGAGGAGAUGCGGGACUUGGUCCACGCACCGUUACCGCUGACGUGGAGACGCUCGAGCCUGUGCGGUGGCGAGGAGCAGGGUUCCUCUGAGGAGCUGCGGCCGCGGGAGGCCGAACCCCUGGCAGGGCGGGUGCUCCCCAUGGGUGAGGGUGGGCUGCCCUGGAACCUUGGGCCGUUGCCCAAGCCCCGGCGUGAACUGCGGAGAGCCAGCCCGGGGAUGAUCGAUGUCCGGAGAAACCCGCUCUAGGCUCCGGGCCGAGGGCCUGGCGGGGAUGCAGAGCCUGCCCAGUGGUGUGGCAGCCCGGUCGCCUCUGUGAGGGGCAGUCUGUGCCUCUCUCAGUCAGUCCUGAUCUGCACGCUAAUUAGUCAACAAAUGUGGGCCACAGCCCAAAGGAACUGGACUCAAAACAUUUUUUAAAACAUGCAGAUUCCUACCAGUCACUUCCUGUAAGCUGUGGUACCCAAUUGCCGUCUUGUGGCUUGAGUUUUAGGACAGUUCUGGUCUCCAGCCUAUGUGGAUGGGCCAUUGGCUCUGGGGUUCAGCCAAGGCUUGUCACAGAAUGGCCAGUGGCACCAGGGUUGUGGUUGAAAUGUCUUAUGUAUAUGGGGGGAAUCGGGAAACCUAGCAUAUUUGUAGAAUUUUGUAAAACAAUUUUAUAAUAAACAGGAAUAAUCUCUGAA